AUGGUGGCCGAGCUGGCUGGCAUUUCCACGGCGACGCUUGAUGGAAAGGCAUCUCCUAGUGUCGAAGGCACAUCGAAACGACGCAGACGACCCAAGUGGAUCCAGACAGCAACGCGCGAGCCGAUCUACAGCGUCCUGGACAGCGACGACAUCCCCGAAAGCGCGAAGAACUUACCCCCGGGUGCUCUCGGCAAAGUCGUGGUAAUCAGCGCGGUGAAAAGCGAUUCUUGCCAGAAGUCCGAGCCGCGGGAGCAGAGAGAACUAUCAUACGUCUGGCUGUCGGCCGGAAACCGAGCGUCGCCGAUUCCGGAAGUCGAGGACGAGAAUACGCUUUACAGCGUAGUGAGGAAACCGAAGAAGGUACGGCUGCCGGAAACGUCGUCGUCCGAUUCCGAGGAGGCUAUUCGACCUGUGAAUACUACGCGAAUCAGGGACACCGGUGAGAAAUCCAUCGAGCAGCAGCAGCAACAGCAACAGCAGCAGCUGGAUCCUGAAGACGCGUCCAGACGAGUCGAGGUGAGAAAGUGGCUCUGCGACUCACCCAGGCAGCCUCUUCCGGAUCCGCCGAAGAUGUAUUCCGAUCGAUGCGAGUACGAGAAUCCCUGGUGCCCGCCGGGAGGUCGAGAGAACCCGGUGGCGGUGCCGAGAGGUGUGAUGGGUCUGGUGGGGCCCUACAGAGUUUACGGAAAUCCCAACGAAACGAGGGAGUACGUGCUCCAAGAGGAGGAACUCGUCGAGGAGACGGCGGAUUCUGCGAGUGAGAGGAUACAGGAGGAGGGAAACAAGGACGAGCAUCGUCAGCGAGCAAGGUGGAGAAUCCGGGAGGACGAUGAGGACACGCUAGUGCCGGACGUUCGAGAUCUGGAGGGUUUUGAGGGACCCUUUGCGGAAAAAAUGGAGGACGACAAGAGGAAGACUGGCGACUGGAAAAAUCAAAGGGGUUCGAUGAUCAAGCUGGAUCGGUCAGGAUGUGUCGAGGGAAUUCUAUCCGGGAAAGAGGAACGCGCCGUGGAUGCGGUCUCGACGACGUCGAUGAAGAACAAGAGCAAGUGGGCGAGCAAUGAGCAGCACGAGAAGGACAGCCUGAACGAGACCGGAAGUACAACGGGGGGCACCGUGGAGGGCGCGCCGGGUGGCGGCCCCAACAGGGGUGACAGGAUCAAGGACAAGAACGACCAGGCGCACACCGCGCAGCCAUCCACCUCGGCGGCGCCCGCGAGAUCCUUGGUCUCCAGAAUCCUGGCGAGGUCGCGGUCAACCGACGAUUUGCUGGACCACUCAGAACCCUAUUCACAGUUAUGGGUGGUCCUAUCGAAUGUAUACGGCGAGCUGAUCGUCGUUUUAACGUUGGCGGUGUGCCUAGCCGAAGUCAUGGACACACCCGUGCCGCUAAUGAGCUUGCAAGGCAUCUUCCUCAUGUAUCUGUACGUGGGCAGCAUCGCCGUCAUUAUCGGCAUCUACAUAUGGGUACUGGUCGACAGCUGCAGCAGCCUAAACCGCGCCGGUAAUGGACUCGGCGACGCGGAACUCGGCGGCGCGUCGCUCACCAGAUUCGGCUCGUUAAAACGAGCGCACAUCUCCAGGGCCAGGACUGCCCCGACCAGUUUUUACAUACGCGUCGGUGCACUCUUGUUCGGCCUGGCGACGCUGGUCUUCAACGGUCUGGAGAUGGCGAUGCACUCGAUGAUGCAGGGCGCCGAGUGCUUGACCGAUGUUGUCUUCGUGCAUCCGGUGCUGCAUGGUCUGUUCACCUUCUUGCAGAUGCACUUUCUCUUCGUAAACUCCCAGGUUCUCGUAGAGCGUUUUGGUUUAGCAGCCAGAUUCGGCUUCACACACUUGGCAGCCACAAAUGUCGCAGUCUGGGCACGUCUAGUGAUCUGGGAUUCCGCGCAAGAGUGGACCUAUUUCGUGCACCUGGCGCAACACGAGCAGCAAACGUCCGUAUCUCCUCUGAACCUUCGAGGAUUCCCCGGAUCUCUGACGAGACAGUCGCGGGAUCUUAUCGAGCAUUCAACAACGAAAGACAGCUCGUUCAAGCCCUAUCAACCAGUCUCGAAUGAGCAGAUCUCGCAAGUGAUCGCAUUGCAGGAAUGUUUGAACACUAACACGUUGGGACAGUUGUGGACAUCGAGCAUGCCCUUCUUGUAUCCCUUUAUUGUACAAUUUAGUCUGAUCGCUGCGGCGGUGACUUUCGUGAUGGGCCAGAACGUCGGUCGGAAUCGGCUGACGAAGCAAAAGUUCCAUAGCAGUAAGGAUCUGACCAAUCACACUCGGAUAGGCUGCGACGGUUCCAGCAAGGGUCUUUUUCUUGGCAUUCUUUGCAUGGUCGCCGGCAUUGUGGUGAUUCUCAUCUUCCUCGUGGUGCGGGAGGACGAGAACUUUCCCUCCGCCACGCUGUCCUGGCUCACCUGCGGCACUCUGAUCGGCAUACUCACUCUCAGCAGUCUGAUGACCGCCAGCGGCCUCGUGCAGGUGCGCCAGAUCUCGGUGGUGUCGCGAGCGCCGGCCGCCCUGGACACCCUUCUGUCGAACGUGUCCCUUUUCGGCGUGCAGCUCUACUCCGUGUUCACGAUCGUGGUGUGCGCGUGCUCGCUCGCCAUGUCGGACCACGAAGAGACCGAGGACACGUGGGCACGCCACAUAAUGCUGUUGUCCACGUCGAUCCUGCAGCUGGUGCAGUGUUUCGCGCAGAGCACGCUAAUCGCCGAGACGUCACGACGCACAUGCAUCACACGCUUCCAGAUGCUAGCGAAGCCUGGCCGUCAAGUGAUUACCUUCCUGCUCUUCAGCAACGCUGUGCUGUGGGCGUUCGACACCGUGAUCACGCAGAACUGGCUCUCGCAGGAGCUGCAACUGCGCUUCUUCGGAGUGCUUGCCUGGGGAGUGCUGUCCAGGAUCGGCCUGCCACUGCUGAUCUUCUACAGAUUCCACAGCUGCGUUCUGCUGCUAGAGGCCUGGAACAAGUGUUACCGAACGCCACGAGGCGAACAUCCUCUCAACUGACAACGCGGAAUCUCACGCAGACCUUUGUGCAGACUGCGUUCCGGCUCGCGAGACCGUCGCCGUUUUGCGAGGGAUCGUCUUGGGAGGCUUCUGGAGCCGGCGACGGACAGCGGAUACGCUUACAAGCGCCUGCUCUAUCCG